AUGGCAGCAACACUGGCGGAUUCUUUCUUGGCGGAUCUAGACGACCUCUCCGACAAUGAAGAGGCGCCCCAGGAGCCAGGUGCUGGUGGGGGCAUGGAGGAGGGGUCGGAUGGCGACGAGGAGGAGGAGGAAACGAUGGACUUGGAAGCUCUCAACUAUGACGACCUGGAUGCAGUGGCAAAGCUGCAGAAGUCUGCACGAUACAUUGACAUGAUGCGGAGGGUGGAAGCUGCAUUGGAAGCUUCCGAUGCACAACUUGCCACCAUUGCUGAAGAGGAGGGAACUGAACCCAAAUCCGAACAGCAAACCCAAGGACAGAGCAAAGAGAAUAGUCAGGAACAGCAGGGGUCAACUCCCCCUGUGUCUGCAGCAUCAGCAGCUGCAGCAGCUGUAGCAGCAGGCCUCACCCCUCCCUCUGCCACCACCACCACUGCUUCUGCUGCUACAGCAUCUGCUUCUGCUGCUACAGCCAGUUCUACUCCUGCUGCUACAGCUGCUGCAGCACCAAUGGACGAGUCAGAGUACCAAUUAAUUGUGGACUGUAACGGGCUUGCAGUGGAUAUUGAUAAUGAAAUAACCAUAGUGCAUAACUUCAUUAGGGACAAUUACCGCCUUAAAUUCCCGGAGCUGGAAUCGCUAGUGCUGCACCCGAUCGAUUACGCGCGCGUGGUCCGUCGGAUCGGCAACGAGAUGGAUCUGACGGUUGUGGAUCUGGAAGGGCUGUUGCCCUCGGCGACGAUCAUGGUGGUGUCGGUUACUGCCUCCACCACUACAGGACGGCCGCUGCCGGACGACGCACUGCAGAGGACGAUGGAGGCGUGUGACAGGGCGUUGGCUUUGGAUGAUGCGAAGAAGAAAGUGCUCAGGUUUGUGGAGAGCCGGAUGGGAGGCUUGGCGCCGAACCUGUCAGCGGUGGUUGGUUCGGCAAUAGCGGCCCAGUUGGUGGGCGUGGCGGGGGGGCUCAUGGCCCUGGCUUCCAUGCCUGCUUGCAACAUUCAGGUGCUCGGGAGCAAGAGGAAGACCCUAUCAGGCUUUUCCACCGCCACCUCUCUGCCGCACACCGGCUUCCUCUUCCACUGCGAGGUCGUCCAGGCCACCCCUCCCCCUCUCCGCAUGCGCGCCACCCGCCUUGUCGCGGGGAAAUGCGCCUUGGCAGCGCGAGUAGACGCGACUCACGGGGAUCUGAGCGGGGGAGCGGGGCGGCGGCUGCGGGUGGAGAUGGAGAGGAAGAUUGACAAGUGGCAGGAGCCGCCCCCCGCCAAGCAGCCCAAGCCACUGCCCGUGCCCGAUGCAGAACCGAAAAAGAGGAGAGGGGGGCGACGGCUGAGGAAGAUGAAGGAACGCUACGGCAUCACAGACAUGAGAAAGCUAGCCAAUCGCAUGCAGUUUGGAGUGGAGGAGCAAUCAACGCUGGGAGACGGGCUAGGCGAGGGGUACGGCAUGCUGGGGCAAGCGGGGUCGGGGCGGCUGAGAGUGGCUGCUGCUGCCAGCAACCUCAAGACCAAAGUCGCCAAGAAAUUCAAGGAGCGUAGCUACGGCAGCAGUGGCAACACGUCGGGACUCUCUUCGAGUCUCGCCUUCACGCCCAUCCAGGGUAUAGAGCUGACCAACCCGCAAGCGGCACAGAUGUCUCACCUGGGGAGCGGCACUCAGAGCACCUAUUUCUCGGAAACAGGGACCUUUUCCAAGAUAAAAAAGCCAUGA